AUGUGGUUAAUGUGCACCCAGAAGCUUGGAUCGGCACCUGGCUCAGCCUCUCAGCAAUCCUCUGAGAGAAUGAGCCAGCCCCUUCCAUCCCCUCUACAGCCCAGAUCUCAGAGCCCAGAGCAGAGGGAGAGAACUGAGCAAUCAUCUGUGUUUGAUCGCUCAGUUUUCACUACAGAGCUGGCGGGGGACAGAUGCAAAUUCCACCCAAACUGCUCAGACAGAGAACCAGAUUACAGAUAUCAAGUUUUUGCUGAGGAAAAUGUGUUCUUUCAAUGCCCUGUUAUAUCAUCUUACAAUGGAAAUGAAAAACCAUCUAAUAAAGAGAGAACCCAAUGGUUUUCACAAACAUCUGAUGGAAACAUUCAAAAAAUGAUUAAUGUCAAAGACUUAAAGGCUACAAAGUCUGCAAUUUUGCUAUGGUUUUCACCAGCAGAAAUGAGACACUCUGGAACCUACUUCUGCAAAGUGGAUAAUGACUGCAAAAAAUUAGCUGUAAUUGUGCAGUCCAAGGACACCUGCAUAAUGCCAUAUGGUUCUAGCAGUUUAUAUUUUACAACUGACAAAAAAAACAAGUCAAUUCCUUGCCCUUCACAAGGCUGUCAGCAAAUGAAGAACAUAUCAAACCUGAGAUGGUAUAAGAGUGAAGAAUUUGCAUCUGUAACCUCCCCAGUAAGAAUAUCUUUAAACAUUAUUAAUAAUUCUAUCCAACUUGCCAUGAUCUACAAGAAGGAUGUUGGAGUCUACACUUGUGAUUUUGAUGUUUAUAUUAAUAGCAGCAAAUGGAUUGUAAGAGCAACCACUAAAAUUAAAGUUGGUUUACCAGACACACAAAAGCCUCCAGAAAUUUUUGGCCCAUCCAAUGGAACAAUAAUAACUGCAGAAAUUGGCAAACCCUUAAACCUAACUUGUAGAAUUCGAUUUGGACCUGAAAGUAGUUUUAAACCAGUCAUUAAAUGGAAAAGUAUGUAUCCUAACUAUGAAAAAGGAAGAGAACUUUCUGGAGGAAAGGAACUUUGCUUAAAUGUCACUGGUAUUGAUGAAAAGGAGUGUUUCUUAACAAUCACUCUGGAAAAAGUAACUGAGAAUGACAUUACAGCACAAUUUUGCUGCUAUGCUGAGAAUGCGGUGGGCAAUGUAACAACAGUGGUGACAUUAUCAUUAAAGCAAAUAGACAGUGUAUUCUUGACAUAUAUAUUAUGUGGAGCAGUGCUGCUUCUGACGAUCUUACUACUAGGGAGUGGAAUGGUUUACUUUUACUGGAUAGAAAUAGUUUUGCUUUACCGAAAUUACAUAUCGAAAGAUGAGACCAUUGGAGAUGAUAAAGACUUUGAUGCUUUUAUAUCAUAUGCAUCACAAGGCUCUGAGCUGGACAUGGAGACUACGGAAAGCUAUUCUGAUAAAUAUGAAGAAGAGAGAUUUGCAAUCCAAUUUCUACCAGAUGUGCUGGAAGACAAAUAUAAUUACAAACUCUGUAUCCUGGAAAGAGACAUUUUGCCAGGAGGAGCUUACGUGGAAGACAUUGCCAAGAUCAUUAAAAGAAGCAGAAGAGCUAUUUUUAUCCUCUCUGAGAAAUAUAUUAGAAGUCCUAAAGUGUUUGAGUUACAAGCAGCCAUUACUUGCUCACUGGAGGAGCAGGAGGCUCUUAAACUGAUUCUUAUUAAGUUCAAGCCAUUUAAAGAGCCAGAAUUCUUGCCAAAUGUAGUGAGAAAGGCCCUCAGCACUUUGCCAAUGGUGACUUGGAAAGGGGAUUUAGAUAUUAAAACUUCUCAGAACUUAAAAUUUUGGAAUAGGAUCAGGUAUUACAUGCCAGUUAAAAAGGUCCAGACAAGUAGAAAACUAUCACUUUCAGUGGCAAAUGUUUUUCAAACAUAAAUAACC